AUGUCUGAGUCCAUGUCCUUCGUCAAGUCACCCAUCCAAACAUUACUCAACCUGCCACCAAACGAUCCCACAGAGACCAAGGAGGCUGAAUCGCAGGCCCUCGUUGGUGUCGAUGAUACCGGCCGUGAACGCGUCGAGUUGCGUAUUGGAGGCAUGACAUGUGGGGCAUGCGUGGCGUCGAUUGAGGGUCAGGUCAGUGGGCUGGCCGGCAUCCUUAGCGUCCAGGUGUCGUUGCUGGCCGAACGGGCGGUCGUAGAGUACGACCCAGAGUACGUCGACAUCAAAGGCCAGGUCUGGACGGACGCACGCAUCGCCGAGGAGAUUGAGGAUGUCGGUUUUGACGCCGAGGUUGUGGAGAAGAGCGCGAUCAUCCCCGUCGAGCUUCGCGUCUACGGCAUCGAGGGGAACCCGGCGAUUGUACCCGAUGUGAUUAAGGAGCUGAGCACGCAACCAGGCGUGUCCGACAUUGAGUUUGUUGCGCCAUACCAGAACCUGUCGUUCCUCUACUCGCCAGCGCUCGCCAACCUCCGCUCUAUCCUCGACCACCUCACCUCCGUGUUCCCCCAACUCUACGCUCUGCCUUCCUCGAACCAAGGAGACUCGCAGCUUGCAUCCCUACGCAAGCUCCGUGAGACGUCGCGCUGGCGCCGUACGUUCCUGAUCGCGCUCCUCUUCGCGGUCCCCAACUUCAUCAUCGGCAUGAUGCACAUGUACCUCCCCUUCCUGGGGUGGACCAAGACUAAGAUCAUCAAGGGCAUCUACCUCGGCGAUCUGUUGUGUCUCUUGCUCACCAUCCCCGUCCAGUGCUUCCUUGCGCGCGGCUUCUACCGCGCUGCGUACAAGAGCUUGAAGCACGGCUCGGCGACGAUGGAUGUCCUCGUCGUGUUCGGUACAACCGCCGCGUUCACGUACUCGGUCCUAUCGAUGUUCUUUGCCAUGUUCGCCGCGAAUCCAGACUAUCGCCCCAAGACGUUCUUCGACACCUCAACCAUGCUGAUCACAUUUGUCUCGCUCGGCCGCUACAUCGAGAACCUGGCCAAAGGCAAGACGUCAGCUGCGCUCACCCACCUGAUGCAGCUCUCCCCGUCGUCCGCGACCAUCUUCGUUGACCCCGACAACUACCACGGCGACGCACCCACGCGCAAGAUCCCGACUGAGCUGGUCCAGGUCGGCGACAUGGUGCUAGUCACUCCCGGCGAGAAGAUGGCCGCGGACGGGGUCGUUGUUGCUGGCUCCAGCACGGUCGACGAAUCCAUGGUCACGGGCGAGUCGCUCGUUGUCGCCAAAGAGGUCGGGUCACAGAUCAUCGGUGGGACCGUUAACGGCCUUGGAACCGUCACCUUUCACGUGACGCGCGCCGGAGCUGACACAACGCUCUCGCACAUCGUCAAGCUCGUCGAAGAUGCGCAGACAUCCAAGGCUCCUAUACAGCAGUUUGCCGACCGCGUCGCGGGAAUCUUCGUUCCAAUCGUCAUUACACUGAGCCUGAUCACGUUCUUCACGUGGCUCGGCAUUUCGCUGCUCAAGAACCACCUGCCCAAGGCAUUCGAGGCUCCUGGCGAGUCAAAGUUUGGCGUCUGUCUCAAGCUCUGCAUCUCUGUGAUCGUCGUCGCUUGCCCUUGCGCACUGGGCCUGUCAACUCCCACGGCAGUCAUGGUCGGUACUGGUGUUGGCGCGCAGAAUGGGAUCUUGAUCAAGGGCGGGAGAGCACUCGAGGCGUGCAAGGAUGUGCGCCGCGUCGUGCUCGACAAAACUGGCACUGUUACUGGCGGCAAGAUGGUUGUGGCUGAGGUACGCUGGGCUGCCGCCCAGGGCCCUGUCACCGAAGCUGGCCUGAACCCAGCUCAAGCUCUGAGCCUAACCACUUCGGCUCCACCGCUGCAACGCCACGCCGUCAUGUCCCUCAUCGCCCUCGCCGAGUCACGGUCUGAGCACCCUCUUGCGAUUGCCGUGGCUGCAUGGGCGCGCGAGAAGCUUUCCGACGCAGGCCUUCCUCCUCCCAGUGGCGACGUCACCGACUUCGAGGGUGUCCCAGGUGAGGGGAUAGAGGCUGUUGUCAAAUUUCACGGCCGGGAAGAGCGCGUGCGGCUCGGCAAGGCCUCGUACGUUUUGCGGGAGAAGGCUGGCGAAGGCACCGCGCCUGUGCCGCCCCUUCUGAAGACGUUCGAAACCACACAAACAAACGACGCCAACAUUGUCGUGUACGUCUCGGUGUUGCGCGAAGGUGAAGCCAUCCCCAUCCUCGCCGUGUCACUUUCCGACACGCCCAAGCCAACGUCGGCUCAGGCCAUCAGCGCGCUGCGUGCAAUGGGUGUGAAGGUGACGAUGCUCUCUGGUGACUCGGAGGCCACUUCACGCGCGAUUGCUCGCGCUGUGGGCAUCGACGACGACGAGGUCUAUGCCGGUGUCAGCCCCAAGGGCAAAGCAACGAUUGUGCGCGAGCUUGAUUUGGCGGAUGGCGGCGGUUUAGCGAUGGUUGGCGACGGGAUCAACGACAGCCCGGCCCUGGCGGCCGCCAGUCUUGGCAUCGCAUUGGGUUCUGGCACGAGUGUGGCGAUGGAAGCUGCCGACGUCGUUCUAAUGAGGAGCGACCUGCUUGACGUCGUCGCAGCGCUCGAUCUCGGCCGCACUAUCUUCCGCAAGAUCAAGACGAACCUCAUCUGGGCGUGCUGCUACAACGUCCUCAUGAUCCCGCUCGCGAUGGGCAUCCUCCUCCCGUGGGGCAUCCACUUGCAUCCGAUGAUGGCUGCGGCAGCAAUGGCGUUCAGCUCUGUCUCCGUCGUCUUCUCAUCCCUCACGCUCAAAUGGUGGCGCCGCCCUGCCGCCUCCAUUCCGCCAGGCGAGAGCUAUGAGGUGGGAGGCAUUCACCGCGGGCUCGCCGAGCUGCGUGCAGCGCGGGAAGCGACCACAGCCACAGCGCAGGCGUGGAUGUACCAUGCUGUCCUGCGCGCACGCGAGGUCCCAGUUCUGGACCGCAUCAUUGACCGUACGCCGCUCGCCCGCAUUGCACCGCCUGCCUUCGCCAUCAGCCGCGACGAGUACGAGACGAUCCCUCUCACAGCGUCCGAUGACCGCGACGGCCCAUUCCACUAG